GUAACCCGGAAGCCUCACGCGCCACACGCCGCUGCAAGGAGAGUCCUUCCUGUUUUAGAAAUUUCGAGGAAGCAGGAACAACAGGAGAAAACAUUAUGGGCUCAUCUGUGUGAGGGCAGGACCCAUGCUCCCUCACCUCGGUGCUGCCACCUCAGCCUUGUACAUACUGUGGAUCAGCAUGGCCCAGGUUGCUGGCCAGGAUGACCGGGAGAAAACAACUGCACUCAAAGAUUUGUUGUCGAGAAUUGACUUGGAUGAAUUAAUGAAGAAAGACGAACCUCCGUUCAUUUUCCCCAAAACACUGGAGGAGUUUGAAUAUGCCUUUAAUGAACAUGGCCAGCUGCGACAUAUAAAAACAGGUGAACCCUUUGUAUUUAAUGCCAGAGAAGAUCUGCACCGCUGGAAUCAGAAACGCUAUGAAGCUCUUGGAGAGAUCAUCACUGAGUAUGUUUACGAGCUGUUGGAGAAAGACUGCAACUUGACUAAAGAAAUGCUGCCAGUUGAUGCUACAGAAGAUGAACCCACCAGUUUUAUCUACCUGAGCCCAGAUGCCUUGUCAAACCCAUCCAAGCUGCUGGUGCUGAUUCAGGGUAGUGGUGUGGUGCGGGCCGGCCAGUGGGCCCGAAGACUAAUCAUCAACCAGGACCUGGACUCAGGGACGCAGAUCCCCUUUAUUAAAAGAGCCAUGAAGGAGGGCUAUGGUGUGAUGGUGCUCAACCCCAACCUGAACUACUUGGAAGUGGAAAAGCCAACAAAGUCGUCACCCAGUCACUCCCCUGCUGAAGUCUCGGACGAGCCAGCUGAAAAGAGGGAGCGCAAGGAAGAGCAAGAGGGCAAAAAGAAGAAAGAAUUUUACGAGAAAUACCGUAACCCGCAGAAAGAGGCUGAAACUGAGCGCAUACCUAUACGGGACAAUGGUUCCUCUGAGGAUCAUGUGCUCUACGUGUGGGACUACUUUGUGUCCAAAGCUGCUGCCAAGAAUGUCUUUAUCAUGGCCCACAGCUAUGGAGGCCUGUCUUUUGUUGAGUUGAUAAAUCAAAGGGAGCUGCAGGUGAAGAACAAAGUGUGUGCUGUGGCUCUCACUGACUCUUCACACAACAUCUGGCUACAAGAAACCAGCAAAGGGACACAGGACUGGAUGUUUCAGUAUUGUUGCAACUGGGUAUCCAGUCCCGAACCCUUGGACACACAACUUGAGUCCAUGCUGGUAGACUGCCCCAGAGUUUCAGCAGGCACAGAGAGGCACGAGCUGACUUCCUGGAUGAGUUUUGAAUCCAUCUUCAGGUUCUUCACCGAGGCCCUGAAGGCAAAAGAAGAAGAGGAGGCGGAGGAAAACGCCAAAACUGUCACCACACGCAGCAGCUCCUUCAGAAACAAACACCAAGAUUUGUAGAAAACCCGUCAACCCUGACAACAAGCAAAAGAUUUAUUUUUUUUGAGGCGGGAUUAGAAGUGGCAGUGCAGGAAGUGUCCUCUUUACUUUCUUUUUUUUCACCCCUCUUUUCCUGUAAUGUCCCACCAGUUUUCCUUCCUGUCUCAUUUCCUUCAGUGUCAGUUCUCCCCUCGAGCCUUCCCCGGCUCUGCACUCACACCAGCUCUGUGUUGUUAAAGACAAGAGUACAGGGUCGCCGUGUAUACAUCACAAUACCGUUUUGCAUUACUUCUAGCUGAGUGCAGCUGUCAAAGCAAUAUGAGCCUGAGUGUUGGCGCUUCCCGUGGGCUGUGGCCUGGCUGUAGGUACGAGGCACAGCAGCAGAGAUUAAGGCUGACAGCACUGUGCACAAUGCACUGUGGUGCACCUCUAAUUGUCCUGACAUCAGCCUGAAGUGAGCUAAUGCCCCGCCUGCCCUCCAGUCUACACAUUGCUCAGUCUCCCCACACUCGUUGUCCCCGUUUCUCCUGGUUCUAAAAAUCACAUUACUGAAAUUAGCUUAUCUGGUUUAUGCUGCUAAAAUUCAGUAUCAUUUCAGCCUGGCUAAUAAGUAUGUUAUUAUUUACCCCCCUCUCCACAACUAGCAUAUUUAUUUUUUAACAAAGAAACUUAUUACUACGGUUUUAUAAUCCACCCUGUGCACUCCAUUUAGCUUUUAAACCUGAUUUUUCUCAGUCAGUUCCUUAACAUUUGAAAGCAGUGUAUCAUAUCAAACCUCCGUAUUUCUCACUUUUAAAACCUGACAAAGCAAGUGAGUGUUUACUUUUGACUAUGGGUUUAUUUUGAAAAGUUUGUAGAGUUUUUUUCUUUCUUGUGCUAUCCUUAAAAUUGAUGUCUGUGGUUGAUUGGAUGUGAUAAAACAAAUAAAACAAACACACCUGCUCUGAAUAUGGAAAACUCAGGACAGCAAGAAUAUUUGAAAAAUCAUUUAAAGCAUCGAAAUAAGUUUGAGGGAUAUCUCAUUUUAACAGGAGCCAAAAGUCAACCCACAACACUCAUAAAACCCCAAUAUAUCGCUUUACACAUGUCAGGAAAUCCAAGAUUUCAAUAAUAUUCUAAGCCAGAAUUAUAUUUCCUUGGAUGCUGAAGAAUUGUAACAUAUCUUCUUUUAUUUCUCUUUUCCCCAAAGUACUCUUUUUGUGUACUUGAAAGUGUCACAGUCAGCUUCCUGCUCAGCUCACAUAAUCUGACUGACACAAACAUAAUGAUUUUUUUUUCCAUAAAUCCAGUCGUUUUUAUAAACCGCUCAAGGCUUAACGGAAUACAUUUCUAAUGUGUCGUGACAUUAGUAAAAAAAAAAAAGAAAAACUUAAACUGGUUACUGAAUCUUAUGAUACCUUAGACACAUUCUGAAAUACUUAACUGUUUUUUCUUUUCUUUUUUUUCCCCAGCAUUGUAAAACUUGCUCACCGUGAAAGCCUGCUUCUUCUUCCAGUCUCUGUAUCUGUGGUUUAAGGCAUUUGUGGAUUAUCUUUCUGCUGUAAUGAGACAAGUGUGGCUGAUGAUCACGGGCCUAAUUUGCUUUUAAUUUGAUUUUGAUCUCUCCAGGUUUCAGCAAAGAAGUUGGCUUAUUAUUUGAAAUUUGAUGAGUUUCGUUUCAAGAUAUGGCUUCUCCUAUCAUGUCCUUUUCCAGCUGCGAUCGUUUUUUGUUUUUUGUUGUUUUUUUGUCCCCCAUUUUGGAUAUUGUUGCCUUAGGAAUAAACAAAACUCUCCUCACUGUUUAUUUUUUAAUAUCCAGGAAGCCAUAUGUAAACAGAACUCCAGAUCCAAAGCACAGUCUGCACAUUUUUUUUAUUGCUCUUGAAGAGUUUAUUUUUGCAGCAAUGUUUAAAAAACCAGUUCAACAAACUGUCGUAUUGAUUGUUUGCAAUGUUUUAUUGAAGUAUAAGCUUUUGUGUUUUCCGAAAAAAAAAAAAGAAAAACUAAAAGCAUUGGGUCUUGUCACUUAUUUUUCAAUGAGUUUCUCUCUCUUAUUUUAAUUUAAAACCACUGUCAAAAAAAUGUUUCGACACCUGUGCAGCAAAUUACUUUUCUUUUACCUGACUUUUUUUUGUUAUUAACCCAUUAAAGCAAAAGGUAAUAAAAGGAACUCUGCAUCUUUAUUAUCAAA